CGAAUCCAUCGCGCUAAGGCCUUUAAUUAAUGCCAGGGGUAAGCUGUUAGUCCUAUAUGAUAUUGCGGAGAACGGGAUAUUAAAUGGGUCACUCUAUACCGUCUUUAGCUGCCAAUAUCAUCGGGACGGAGGUUCCGUGAUAAUCGCCUUUUUACCAGAUGAUGAAACCAAUUUUACCAGAAAGCUUCCUGGCGCGGAGCUCCGUCAAGAUUACGUGCCUUGUUUUGAACAGCCUUUAUAGAUGGCAUCAGAUUGCCAAUAUGGUUGUGACAUCAGAGGCAGAGAAGUUCCGAUUCGCUUUUUCGAACAGCCGUACACUUUUUGACGUUAUUUUUAAUGGCUAUUAUAAUAUAAGAUCUGGCGCCACAAAGCAACCCAAAUGCAUAUUCUAUACCCAGCACGCCAUUUCAUCGGCUACUCACAAACAUUCUAUCCUACAUCAACAUGCGUUCCCUGCUUCUCCUCUCAUCCCUGGCCACCUAUGCCUGCGCCCAGGGCUCUUCCGGCAGCGGCCAGACCACUCGUUAUUGGGACUGCUGCAAACCUUCUUGUGGUUGGGGGAUGAAGACCAACAGCGGUAAGUAUGUUGGUACCUGCGAUAAAUCCGACAACCAUCUGGGCUCCUCCGAUACCAAGUCGGGCUGCGACAACGGCGGAUCGGCAUACAUGUGCAGCGAUCAGAGCCCCUGGGCAGUCAACGAAACCAUGUCUUACGGGUGGGCUGCAGUCAAACUUUCGGGCUCCAAUGAGCAGACAUGGUGUUGCGCGUGCUAUGAAUUGACUUUCACGAGUGGAUCUGUGCAGGGCAAAAAGAUGAUCGUGCAGGCUAGCAACACCGGUGGCGAUUUGGGCCAGAAUCAUUUCGAUCUUGCUGUAAGCUGAUUCGCGAGAAUCGGAGUGACGCAGAACUGGAAUACUGACACGCAUGAACAGAUGCCAGGUGGUGGCGUCGGCCUCUUCAAUGCCUGUACGAAUCAGUACGGUGCUCCUCCCAAUGGCUGGGGUCAACAGUACGGUGGUGUCUCAAGCCGGUCCGACUGCGACUCCUUCCCCG